ACCAGAAAUAUGCACCAAGAAAACCAAACUACCAUAUCUGAAUUCAUCCUCCUGGGAUUCUCCAAUCAGGUUGAACAGCAGAAGAUCGUAUUUGUGCUUUUUCUGAGUAUGUACCUGGUCACAAUGGUUGGCAAUGGCCUCAUCAUUCUGGCCAUUGGCUUGGAUUCUCACCUGCACACACCUAUGUAUCUCUUCCUUGCCAAUUUGUCCUUGGCUGAUAUGUCCUCUACUUCCACCUCAGUCCCCAAAAUGCUGAUAAAUAUUCAGACCAAGAGUCAAGCCAUCUCCUAUGACAACUGCAUCACCCAGAUGUACUUUUUCAUUGUGUUUGUUACCACUGGAAACUUCCUCUUGGGGGUUAUGGCUUAUGACCGCUUUGUGGCUAUCUGCCACCCUCUGAACUAUAUGACCAUCAUGCAACCCAGGCUCUGUGCUUUGCUGACAGGCAUCCCAUGGGUCCUCGGUAAUGUUGUUGCCAUGACUCACACCUCUUUGCUCAUUCAGUUGGUCUUCUGUGACAAAAACAUUAUCCCACACUUCUUCUGUGACCUGGCCCCUCUGCUCAAACUGUCCUGCUCAGAUACAAUGGUCAAUGAGCUUGUGUUGUUUGUCCUGGGCUUGUCUGUCAUCACCUUUCCCUUUAUCCUGAUCCUCUUCUCCUACAUCCGCAUCGUUAGCACUGUCCUGAGAAUCUCAUCCACAGAGAGAAAAUGGAAAGCCUUCUCCACCUGUGGCUCUCACCUGACGGUUGUAUUACUUUUCUAUGGGACCAUUGUAGGGGUUUACUUCAUCCCCUCAUCUGCUCAACCUGAUGACAGGGAUAAGAUUGGUGCAGUCCUGUUUACUGUGGUGACCCCCAUGCUGAACCCCUUCAUCUAUAGCCUGAGGAAUAAGGACAUGAAGAGUGCCCUGAGAAAGAUCCUUAAUAGAAAAAGGUUUCUCCCUUUAAUGCCUUGGACUUCUAAAUCCCCUUCAUCCCUGUAA